CAAAAUCACUUCACUACAGCUACAUUUGGAUUGUUGAUGUUCAUCGGCAAGCUCUAGGAUUUUCAAAAGAGAAUGUUGUUUGCUUAAGUCAUGUCAGAGCUCAAGCGGAACAAACCAUUCAGGAGAUCAUCGAAUUCUAGCCUGUCUUCGCGAGCUUCUAAUGUGUCUUUCUCUGAGAAAGUCCGGCGUGAAUCAACUGCAAAGUUUGACAACUUUAUGAAAGAAUGCCGAGCUGCUUAUUUAGCUGUUUUAAGUAGUACAACUGAGAAAAUCACCUCUAUUGACGAACUGAUCCUUGGUAAGAAUUAUUUAGUAACGUUUUUUCAAAGAGAGCUUCCUGAGUUUUUCUUUUUUUGUAGCUCGUUUCUGGCUGCUAUUACCAUGGAACUGUAUGCCUGACUACUUUCAGGUACUUUUAAUGUUUUCGAUAACAGUUCUUGUUUUGUAUAUCUUCAACCUUGGUAUGCUUUUCAGUUUAAACUCAUUUUAUUCCCGGUGGUGCUGAUUAUUAUGAACGACAGCCAUGUUUAUUUUCUCAAAAUUGCGGAAAAAUCUACAGUAUAUAGUUUAAAUUUCAAAAUCGUUUGUUUCAUACGCUGAGUACUGUCAACAUUCACCAUUAUAUUUGUGGUUGCGUUUUCCACUGUCACCCUUCUGCUUUACUGGAGGUGGCAUUCUCAGAAAGCAAUGAUAUCACCUGUCAAAAGAUACGUGAACAGGUCAUUGUUGCAAAGGCUGGUUUGCACUUGAGAUGGAGUUAAAGUUGCCAGUUUUGAAUUCAUAAUCACAGUUACCAGGGUGCCUAUGACCCAAUGAAAGUAAAAAAGAAAAAAAAAUGGGUGCAUAAGCAUAGUCGUAAGCUCACAUGAAAUCUGAGUAGCAACUGAAUCUGAUAGUUUCUAUUAAUUUUUUUUGGACUCUGCUUAUGAUUCCAUUACCCUUUAUCUAAUGAAGACCACGUAUUUGGAGUCAAAAACACAAGGUGGAGAACAAACGUGAAACCAAUCAGAAUACCUGUUCCCGCGCAUUGUAUUUGGUUUAGUUCUUCCACUAUUAAUUUUAUAAUCCUGCUUGCAACUGAUCUAGUUAGUGUAGUUUUCACUGGAUCAUAACUGACAGACUUGUUAGUGGCAACAGUUUGUUGUUUUCAGUAGAUCAUAAUAUUCUACACUUCUCGUUAGAGACUCUGUUGAAUACGUCACCAUUUAAAACCAACCUUUAGCUUUGUUUAUUGACCAGCACUUUAUAACAGUGUACAGGAUAGCCUGUGAGUGUUUUCUAUGUUUUUUCCACAGCGGAGGGGGUGAAGGUUGUUUGUCUAUGGUUGUAUUACUGUAGCCAUCAUAUGUGACAUUAUAACAGAGCAAGAUUGGCGGUGGGGGGGAGGGGUGGAAUCUGGAAUAGCAACCCUUAGUGUAGGUGAUAGGGGCAACGCUUCCUUUCUUUUUGGGAAUUUGGUAUGUCGGUUUCAACAUGAUGGUUACAUUUACAGAAACAGUAAUUUGCGGGUGUAUGCAAAAAACACUUUCAAUGCAGCCAGUGUAUAGGAUGGGUAAAAGGUCCACACAAGCCUCCCUGUUACAGCAACACCUGUACAAAUUUAAAGUCAUGUAUUUUUUUUGCAUCAAAUGUCUCACGUAAUGUUGCAAAAAGCUGGUGCCCUCUGUUGUGUGUUGGCUUCAGGCCAGGGGAUAUUGUCUUUUUUCUGGUAACAAAUAUUUUACAUAAUUAUAUAUGCCUGUAUGGCGACUAUUUUUUGAGUAAAAAGUAGCGAAGAGGCAACAAAGUCGAGCACAGUUGAGCUUGGAGUAACUGUUGAAUGUUGAUGACUUGUUCAGGAAACUUUAUUGUACUUCAUUAAUGUUAUCAAUUCUUUUACCCAGCCCUUCAGUUUGGUGGACGGAAUCCAUCAGUCAAAGUUGUUCAGAAAUAUUGGAAACAUGACACAGGUGAGUAGAGAGUGUGGGAAGUUUCAACCAUACUCUGCUAUCAGCGUGAAGAUUCUCCUUACUGUUCUUCAAAAGAUGGACUCAUUCAGAUCACUGGACUUCAUUGUUAUCAUUUACAAAUCAUUCAAGGAUGAGUCUAUUGCUUUCUGUUUCGCGACACUCUGUUUCAUGACACUCAAUUCUUGAAUUGAGUCUUGGUGACCACUUCUUGUCUCUAAAUACUCAAAUUUUUGCAGAAAUCGAGAAUUGAGUUGAGAAUGAAGACUUGCAAGAGGCUGUCAAUUAACUUUUUUUUCAUGGUACUACAUAAUUUUAUGAUGUUUGCUAUAAGGAUUGUGUAAGAUUAGCAGUUUGGAGUGCAUCAUGUAUGGUAUUGUAAGUAAUUAUAGAAAUUAAAGGUGGUACAAAUUUUGAGCUUGUAAGUCACACUGAGAAAUAAUUUUAUACAAAAUUGUCAAUUGUACUAGUUACUGUGCACAAUACUCAUCAUGUUUCAGGGUUCUCAUUAAUUUUUCAAGUAGACAGCUAGGAUGUUAAAGUAGGUGGCUUAGUAACUGAACUUGCUGUAGGCAAUUUCAGGCUUUCACUCUCUAACUUUACCCUAUUUCCCCCAAAAGUAGAUGGCUCAAGCCUCCAAGUAGCCGGCUUUUUAGCUGGCUGUCGGCACUUAAUGAGAACCCUGAUGUUUGCCAUGAGAGUGUGAUAUGAAUUCCCUUGAAGGAGGACCUUUGAGUCACCAGAAGUCAAAACGUCUGUAAAUGUAGUGUGCAUAUGUGUUUUCAGUGUACUUGCGUCCUUUUUGCGAUUUUCAUUGCAGACAGUAUAUCAUAUAAUGAUUUUUGUGACAUCAUGAGAAAGGAAAAGCCUUUAAAUAAGGAAUCCUUGAUCAAGGCAUUCAAAUGUUUUGACACAAAUGGUGAUGGUUACAUCACGUAUGAUGAGCUCUUUGGACUACUGACCAAGGUACUGUGUGCAAGUUUGGCAAGGGGUAUGAAUGUAUGAAUUGUUUAUAUUUUUAACAAGUGACAUACGUCUUGCUCAACUGCAGUUUUGAGGGAACCACUACUGUAUGAAUUAGAAAGAACAUCUGCUUUUUGUGCUUUCUUUAGAUCUACACAUGUACAUUUCUUUCCAACUUUUUAGAAUGACCUGUUUCCAAACAAAUGCAUUUGUAAUGAUUUAAAAUUACAUGUAUUAGAUGUUAUUAUUAUUAUUUUUUUUGAUAGCGAGGGGAGAGGAUGACUAAAGCUGAGGUACAAGUGAUACUUGAUAAUGCUGAUGUUAACAAUGAUGGAAAACUGGAUUACAGUGAGGUAAGGGACUGUUAUGAAUAGUAUUGUUAUGAUUUGAACUAUAUGAAAAAUAAAUGAUAUUUUGAACUCCGGAUAAAGAUAUGAAACUGAACAUGAUCUUCGCAGUAGAAUGAACAACCUAUGUACUACAAAGAUCAUGUUCACUUUCAUAGUAUUAUUGUUAGUUAUACAUGUGUAGCUGCUGUAGUAGUACUGAACGGAUGUGUACAAAACAUGGACCCCCAGUCCAUGGACCACCCCUGUGGACCCGGUCCAUGGACUUCCUCAGUGGACCACCCUUAAUUUUUGAAGAUUAAUUUAACCAGAGGUCUAAACAAAUUUUAGGAACCUAUUAAAAAUGGACAAAACGGUAAUCAGUUUUCAUUAUCAGGGUUAUGGGCUCCUCAUAUUAUUUUUUUUACACUUGUUCAAUUUUUUUUUUGAAUUCCAUACCAAUGUAUAAUCGGAUCACUUUAGUCUGGUGAAGAAGCAACCAUUUUUGAAGGGGGUGGGAGGAGAGGUAGGAAAAAAUUAGUCUCCUACGCAGCUUGUUUGUUAUGUCUUCACGUCGUGUGAACAUUGCAAAGAAAAACAAACAAAAAAAAGCAGAUGCGUACGAGACUAGUGAGGUAGCUUAACGAGGGAGUGUUUAAUUGUAAUGACAACAAUCUCGACUUAAAUGAAUGGCAAUUUACAUGAACCAACCUGUUAGAGGCCUGACCAACCUCAUUGUUUGAUAAUAUAUGCAUGUCAUUUUGGGCUUAAUUCGUUAGCAGGAUUCAAUGACUUCAAUGAGUUUGCCGACCAAUAGACAUUUCCAAAGGCUGUCAAUGGAAGGGGAGGCAUGGGGAGGGUACUCAAUGAUCAUGCAUAAAGCAUUUCCUCUUCUUCCCUAGUCUCCUAUGCAGCCGUUUUCAUGCAAUGUGAUGACAACGCACACAAAAAAGCUGUGUCAAGUGAAUACCUCCUUCCUAUCUCUCCUCCUGUCCCCUUCAAAUACUCUUACUCCUCCACCUGACUAAACCGAACCCUUGUAUGGAAUUCAGGAAAAACUUGAGCAAGUGUAAAAUGUAUGAAGAGCCUUUAAUCCUAAUAAUAUAAAUUGACACAGAUUCAUCCAUUAAAGGUUUCUAACAUUCGCUAAGACCUCUGGUAAAAAUUAAUCUUCAAAAUAAGGGGUGGUCCACAGGGGUAGUCCAUUGACCGGGUCCACAAAGGGGUCCAUGGACUAGGUCCACGGUACAGAGAAGUGGUCCAUGGACUACAGUUCUGUAGGGGUCCAAGUUUUGUAUGGUAUUAUUGUACGAAUGUAUUUUUGCUUUUUAUGCAAUUAGUUGAGAGAUACUGUACCUGGAGGUGGGGGGAGGGGGGUGGGGGGGUCUUCAUUAUUGAAAAGGAAACGAUGCUGAAUAUGGUCAAGUUAUGUGUCAUUCCAGAAAAAAAAAAAAACAUACUCCCCCCCCUCCCCAGAAUUUCCAUUCCAGAAGGGUCUUCUUUAACUCCCACUACCUGGAAUUUCCUAGCCUGUUCCAGGCGUUCAGAUAGUGGGGAGUGGUGCGAAGUAAAAAGGAGUGCGAAAAAAUAUAAGCGAGGGAGGGGGAGAGGUGAGAGAGGGAACGCCUGUUAGAUUUGUUUUAAAUAGACUCAUCCGCCCACUCAGACCGCAUCAGCUGUAGGUGGUCUUCACUUGUCAAUUAAGACUGAUGUUACAGCCCCAUACAUUUAUUAUUUUUCUUACGAAUAAAUCAAAAUUUCUCAGAUCAAAAAUUAAUAUUAUGUAACUAUACAUAAUCUUACUAAAAACUUAGUGUAAGACUUUCAGACAAUAGAGAGCGGGAGAAGUAAUUUAUUUACGGCUUUAAAACAUGAUUUCAGCAUGUACGUGACAAAAAAAAUAUGAAUCAAGUGACAAACAAAUAUCGCUCAUUUCGAUAAAAAGCUGUUUCAAUACAGAUCGUUAACUUGAGCAAUGAAAAUCCCCAACAAACGAAGAGAAAAUUUACUAUUCGGUGAUUUAGUGGACCUCGACAAUAGCGAUAGCUGCAACUUGCUUUCCAAGCUUUCCUUUUGAAGUCCUUUUGUCCAUUCCUUAGACAGCCACGAUUUGUGACUGCAGUACGCCUUUGAGUGAAUUUUUAAGGAUCAUACAAUUUCAAAGCUUCCACUUUUAACGGCUUCAUCCACAUCUUCCCCCAUCAUUGCCGCCGCUACUCCGAUUUUGUUCAAAAAUUCCACUUGGUCUUUCAUGAUGGCAAACAACGGAGUUACCACAGCAAUCAUAAAUGGCAUUCUAUCCUGCCUUCCUUCCAAUGUACGCUUUAUUCGAGGACAAAGCUGGAAAAUAAGUCUUUUUCCAAAGCCAGUCGGUGAAAUUGCGAAGACAUCUAUCCUGCCGACUACCUGUUUUAAACAGUUCCUUUGCUCUUCGCGUUUAGCCUCCACGUUUGGAAAGUCACUCAGCGCUGUGUUUGUUGUGAGUUCGAAUUCUGGACGGGACGUAGAGUCUGUCAUCACUGCCAUAUCGCAUUUCUCGCUGUGAUCAAAGACGCUCCACUGUUGACAAAAACAUGUCAAAAUCAACCAAUCAGAGGGUAUACCAGGAUCUGGUAUACCGGAACGCACUUUUGUUAAAAAUUCUUACAAGCGUUCCCGCACCUCUCUCCCCAGUCCCCCUCUACUUUUCAUCGCUUUCUUUACUUCACACCACUCUCCACCAUCUGAACGCUUGGAACAGGCUAGGAAUUUCCUCUUUUCCUUAGUGGCCUAAAUUCACAGUACAUGUAGUAAGAAAUUAUCAACUGUUUACUUACAUUUUCUUUUACUUUUUAUAAAGGCAAUAUUUCUAAAGUACAUACCAGUAUAGCAUGCUUGAUUCAUGUCAUUUCAGCAAAAACGUUUACGCUCAACUUGUGAACCAACAAUACAUGGUUUCUGCAGCCACAAGAAACACCCACAACUUGCAAAUUAAAUUGUCAAUUUAUUUAUGUAUUUUAAAACUGCAAUGUAAAUAUUUGAAUUAAAAAUGGAGCUCGUUUGAUGCAUGUACAAAACCAAAAUUACAGACAGUUUAUCCAGAAAUCUUACUAACAAUGUACAUGUAUUGAUAACACCACUAGCUACUUUGUCACCUUGCAUGUUAGUUUGCAGCUAUGCUGUUGGCCACAGCUGAAGAUUGCAAAGACAAAAGUUUAAAAAGACUGGCCAGAGAUGAUGACAUUGUUUCUCCACUAGUUUCACAGACUUCUCUUAAUAAAAGACAGGCUACAAGCAAUAAAAACUUUCAGGAACCUGAAAAUCUAAAGGUACAUCUACACUGUGAUCAGUUUUUAUACAAAAUGUAAUUUCCUUUUUGUAACUAUAACCUACAUAGCUUAAGCAGAAUUGUUUUAGCAUGUGUGAGAGUUUUUGAAGCAAAGCUGCCAUUCUUGUGGCUUUGCUCUGAGAAGCAAGCACCCAAGGCAUGAGAAAAUUCCAGGAUUUCAAAGCGUUUCCUCCCCAUUCUCUAAACGGGUUUGCAGCUUCUCUGCCAAAGCUUUACUCGCGCUAAUGAUCCCACUAGCUAUUGAUUACCGCUAGUCAUUAUUAAUAUUGAAGUUACAGUGUAUGGCCAGUAGGCAAGUCUGAUGAGGUUAUUGUUCAAGUCUGCAAGGUUAUUGUUCCUUAAAAGUGGUGGAAUAUGCAUCACUGACAUGUAUCAAGUGAGUAUCAGUUGUCUAAUGUGGAAAUGUGGGCAUCAUCACAUAAAGAUAACUUAUUGUUGAUAACAUACUGCACUGGUCAAAUUCACAAAUUCUGCAGCCCGUGUGCAAGCACUGUGCCACUGGAUUAAUCUAUUGCAUAUAAUUAUGCAAUUUUUUAUUUUAUUUCAAGUGUUGAAACUCCCAAUGUCACCAAACUACUUGCCAGAAAAUUUUGGAAAGUGUGAUUCAUCAGGAUCUAUCGUGAAAGCAUCAUGGAGAAGCAAUUAAGUUUGACAAAGUUCUCAAAAUAAUUUUCCUAAGGAUUUAGUGUUGACAUGUUUCGAUCCACAGGAAGAAUGUACAUGUGUGUUAAAUUUCACUGUCAGCAACAUUGUAGUACAGAAAACUACAGUUAGGAAAAAAUUAAUUAAAAAUCAAAUUUAACUGUGCAGUUGACCAUGUUUGAAAAUUGUUUGUUUUAUCAGGAUUGGAGUCAUGUUAGUAGUAAAGGUGGCUUGUUUAUUGACAAUGAUGGAGUCAUUAGUAGUCAUGAGUAUAAACUGCAGAUAAACAGAGAUACUGAUGUCUUUAUAACCAUCCAACCUGCACCUAACAAAAAAGGUAUAUGUCCUUUAUGUCUUACAAAGAAGAAAUAUAACUUAUGGGUAAUCUUUUAAAGGGCAUUAUUUUGAUGUGUGGAGUGACAUGUAGGUCAAAUCAGUCAUUUAUCUUGGUCUUUAAUACAUUUAACAAUAUUGUUGAAUGAGGCUGAGUAUCAUCUGAAGAAUUAUGUUGAGCAACAGUCGGCCGACAGUUUUUUGGGGGAGCUGUUCUUCACUUUUCCAGAGAGUAGGUGAUAUACUUGUACAUGUAGGAUCUUCAAAUCAUGUCCAAGUUUGCAUAUGCAUACAUCUAUUAAUUUUUGUACUUGUUAUAAGAUAACUGGUUUCAGAAUGUGAAGACUCUAUUGGUUUAGGUGAAGGACUUAAUCCCAAACAGUGAAAUUGACUUUAGGACUUCAGUGGUUGACUUUAAUGAAGUUUAGUAAAUAUAUUAUUUUUGUUGUUACUAAUUUGGUUUUGUGGCUUGCUUACCAGUGCCAGUGUGUUCAUAUGUUAACUGUGAUUGGUCAUAAGACAAUAAACAUCCCUAAAAUGUUUAAGAUGUUCAAAACUUUCUUAGUUUGACAAUAAUAGUUUAUUUAUCUUGCUCUUCAAUAAUUAUGCUGUAUUUAUUAACUCAGUGUUAGAUAGCUUAAAGAGAACUGACAUGGCAGUUUUCUGUGUGGAUGAAAACUCAGAGCUGGUUACGUUCAGUGAGUCUAAACUUGGGCAAGUAAGUGUUUUGAUGUGUAACUGGCUCCGGUCCGAGGUCCACCCUUUUAUAUAACAUUUUUUACAGAAAAAGUACCCCUUUCGCCUACCUAGUUUAGAACUUUGGAUCACCUUUAAUUGCUGUAAAUGCACUUUUUUAAAAAACGUAUAAUGUAAACAAAUUGAAAAGUUAGAAAAUUUUCUCGACGUUUUCACAACCAUAAAAUCCCUCAGCUAGUGAAAUUCCUACCCUUUCAUAUACUUGAAGCCUGAAAAAGGUAGACCUUUUCACGCAUGGGCAGAGCCUCCCUGUAUAGGCCUUUAUAGGGAGGGCGUACAUGUACAGUAUUACAAAAGCCCGGGUUUUGUUGUCACCUUGAUGCUCUCAGCUUCAUUACAAAUUGUGUGUGAAGAAAGUGCAUUAAUGUAUGUUGAAGAAAAAUUUAUCUUUUGGUAUAAAUAAUUAAUUUUAUUGUGGUUGAUACAGUCUAAAAAAAUUUGUCUUUCUAUUUACAUGUAUUUGUAGGUGGUUGGUAAAACCUUCUUAUCAUUUUGUUCAUGAAAUCUGGAACUAUGUUAUUGUAUAAUUCAUUGCCAUUGUGUCAUCAUACAAUUUUGUUUGCCCCAUAAUAUAAUGUCAGUAUACGUGUAUUGUUUUUCCUCCAUAAGAAUUUUGGCGCAUUUACCACAUAAUUAUGCCAUUUUCCAUACAAAAACUGAAUAAUUCCCUCAAUCAAAGGUGAUUUUUUGUUUAGCACUUUUUGUUUGUUGCAGCUGUACGUUUACAUUGUAGUUGGGAAAUAUAUUGUGUAAAUAUAUAUGGAAUAUUUAGAGGCAUUAAUAAACUUACAGAAUCUAUUCCUUUUUUGCAAUCUAACUCUGGUAGUGCAUGUUUAAACUGGUUGUCCACUUCACUUUCAUAGGUGGCAAAUAAUAAUAAUAAUAAUAAUAAUAAUAAUAAUAAUAAUAAUAAUAAUAAUAAUAAUAAUAAUAAUUUUUUUUUGUCAUUGCAUUUUAAAAUUCGAAAAUACUAAGAAAACAAAAUAAUGAUACCAUGAGGAAAUACUGCUGAAGAGGUUUCAUAUGAAUGGUGACACCUCAGAAUUUAUUCCAAACAUUCAAGAGUAGGAAUAACACAGUUUCAUGUGUGUAUAAAUCACUCUUGGAUGGCCUUCUGCUGUUGUAUGUUAUUCCAGAAAUAUUGUCUUCAGUGUGAACUAAGAAGAGGAACGUACAAGUUGAUAACCUUUACAACUGGCUGCCAUCUCACUGUACGCAAAUCACAGCCUUCAAAGAAAGUAAAUCUGACUACAGGCUCUGGAGAAAACACUAAGCUCACAAAAAUGUUUAGGUAAUGUUGCUCUUCUUUUUAGACAGUAUUAACUGUACAGGUUUAUUUUAAAUUUUAGUACCCUUACGUAAGGAAAGUGUUACCGUCAUUGUUAAAAAUCUUUGGGGCUUUUCAACGGAAGUGCUCCUUUUUGCUCUAUUAUGUAUCUUUGUGGCUUUGAAUGUUUGUAGCAGGAUGAUGGGCCAAUAAGGUUGGAGGUACUUUGAGUUGAUGCCAGGAAACAAUGAGAUUUUGGCAUCUAAACAUGAAAUUGCUAAAGGUCAAACGAGGGCACUUUGAGACCUCCAUCUUGGUUCUUGACAAUUUUUUCGCCUUUUUUACGACUAAAGGUGUUUAGAAGCAUAACAUUUAAAUAUCUUUAUGAUUCAAAAUUGAUCAAAGUGUUGCUGCUGCUUGAGGAUUCAGAUUUUAGUACGGGUGCUGCUUUAAGACAUCUAUGACGUAAUUCCGCUAUCGGGAACGGUACAACGCACGCAUUUCAUAAUUUAUGAGUUAUCUUUCACCUGCUUCAAGGUAGAGUAUAAAAAAUCAUACACUGAAGCAUUCAAAAUAGCUCAUGCACAUAAAACGUGCCUUUGUUCUUUUCAAUAAAAUGGGUCUCUUUAUAAACAAUAGAUAAUAUAAUUUUGGUUAACACCUUAGUGUAUUUUUUGGAGGGGAGGACGCAUUGCAUAGACCUUUGUUUGCUGUUAAGAAGUAGCCUUAGAAAACAGCCGACAUUUCGCGACGACACCCCUGGUGUCCCCGGCGCGAAAUGACAUUUGAGAAACGUAUGCAGAAAUUCCGUGCUGAUGACGCGUCACUACCCACAUCUGGGUAGUGCUUUCACCCACGUGGCAGAACAAAUCAGAAGCACUACCCAGAACUGGGUAGUUACACGUCAUCAGUAUGGAAUUUCUGCUCUCGUAUGUCAGUCGUCAUUUCGUGGGGAAACCAGCGAUAGCGUCGCAAAAUUUCGGCUGUUUUCUCAGGUUAGUUAAGAAGAGGCGAGCGUGUCUAAGAACGUUGGUCCGCUAUUGUAGCAGGGAGUGUUUACUCCACUUUUGAAGUUUAUUCCACCACUCCAAAACUUUGUGAUGUCUUCAAAUCCCUUGAAUCACCAUUGAUUUGGAUGAGUUAUAAUUCACCAAAUAAACUUGCUAUUAAAGUAACGCUAAAUACACCUGUCAGAUGAUUAUGUUCUGGUUCCAGAUGUGAUUCAGACAAACAAACUGAUUCUCACAUGUUAUCCAUAUAAGAUUCUUAUACGCGAGAGUUGCAUCGCCGGACAAUUAAAAGUUGUCCUUAAAGACUUUUUCGUCUCAAAACAGGAUAAACCUUGUUUGGUGGUGAUGAGUUGUCCUUAGCUUCUUCUCAAGUCAAAUUGCUACCUCCCCACCUAACAAAGAUCGUUUUUAAUUUUAAAUUUGUAAAUUGUGUACUUUAAAUUGGCGUCCUGACAUCGGUAACCAUGAAACAUUUGCAAGCAGAGCCCUUUAUUUAUCUCGAUAUAGUACGCUCUUGACAGUGCAAAUACUAGCCGUGUGCAGGACGUGUGUCAAAUGUGAACCUAUUAUAUUAAAAUAUGGUCUUGCUACGUUGAGUCUCUCCAUACCCUAGUGGAUAGGACACCCGAUCGGUGUCUGUGAGGUCAUGGGUUUAAUUUCGUCGGAACUCAAUCCGAUUGUAACAUGUUUCCCACUUUUUUUAAUAUUUACUGAUCAUUCUUCAUUUGAUUUCAUUUCCGCAGUUCUCUUAUGAUUUAUUUCAUAUACAUCUAUCACAUUCAUCUCUUUUACGGGAACUGGUCACAUAAUUGACCAGCUCCCAACAUCAUUGGCUUCAUAGCUCAGUUGGUUAGAGCAUCGCACCGGUAUCGCGAGGUCACGGGUUCAAACCCCGUCGAAGUCCUGAAUUUUUCUCAGGCUUCUUACGUAAUUGCGUAAAUUGCUUUCACAACUGUGAGGAUCAUUCUUCAUUUAAUUUCAUUUCCGCAGUUCCUAUAUGAUUUAUUUCAUUAUAUAUGUUGUGGUUCAAUUUUAUCCUUGGUUUAAAUUUUAUUUCCCUUUGUUCUUGGGUAUGGUAAUGUACGAUAAUGAGUUUGAAACAAUGAAAAAUAGAAUUUAAACCAAGGAUAAAAUUGAACCACAACAUAUACGUCUAUCACAUGUCAAGCUUUAAUAUUCUACCCUGAGAUUGUUUGUUUGAAAAUCUUUUAUUUUGUUCAUUGUAGAGAAGCUCUUGCCGACAUUUUUGACCGCUGUGACUUGGAUGAAAAUGGAUAUUUAAGUCGUGAAGAGUUUAACUUGUUCCAUAUGAAAUCUACUGGUGAAGAGUGCGAUGAUGAUGCUUGGGAAGUAAUGAAAGGUGAGUAGAUAUUUGAAGCCUUAGUUUGCUCACUUCUGAUAGUGCCUACAUGCAAUAAUCAUUUUUUUGUUCGUCUGUUUAGUCAAUUUACUCAACCGGAUGGGUCAUUUUCAAAAUGGAAUAUCAGUUGUCCUCGAAAUUUUCCCUAAAAACUAUCAGUAAUCGCUGCAAGCUACCGUAAACUUCCGAUUAUAAGCUCCCCCCACUUAUACGGCCCCUACUGAUUGGCCCAUUUACCUGUUACUAAAAAACUACAUCCUCCUCCAGCUUGUAUUGAGGUGAAUUGGACUUUAUACGAAGUGUUGAAGCUUAGCGAUCAAAUUAAAAAAGUGUUUUGAUCAUCACUGCUAUGUAGCGUGUUUUGAAGCUCUGAAAGGGGACAGACUAUGAAUGAUUGUUACUCCUGCAGUAUAUCUAACUGUCGUAACCGUUCAUCUGUGGGAUACUUGAAAUGUGUGCAAUUCUACGAUUGUUUUUGGGUUAAAUCCUAUACCAGUUGUAGAACAUUUUAGGAGAAGCCAACCACAAUGUGAGCAUACAGUAGCUCGCCAAAAUAUCAUUCAUUAGAACCUAUCUAUGGCUUUUCGAAAACGUUCCUUUUUGACUGGCCACACAAAAGUGAUAGACCUGUGUUCAAGUGUCCACUUUUGUGUAAUGCAACUAAGCAGAGUUUUUUAAAUCCCCUCGGUUGAUUUCCACUAGCAUCUCCGCUCCAGCGUAGGUCAUUCAUACAUCUUGUUCUCUUGCCUUUGUUUUAUUAGAUAAUUUUGAAAUGAAUGAUGAUGAAAUCACUUUAAACGGAUUCUUGGAGUUGAACUUGAUGGAGGCUCAGGAUUCUGACGGAGAUCCCAAUGAUUUAUGGGUGACUCUUGAGUCCAUGGGUUAUAAUAAUGCUCUUGAGUUGGAUCAGGUACUUAUAAGUAGUAAUACACAACCCUGAUCCUAAGCCUUGUAUCCAUGUAAGCGCUUUGAUCUCUGUCAAACAGUCCAGCGCGCUGAACGAUUGAAGUGAUCAUAUUGGUGGAAAUUCUUAGUGCGGAGACUGGCGAAAAGUCAGGUUUCAAGCAUCAUAGACGGCCAUGUUUGUUUUGCUUUUUAACAUGUUAUAAACUUGAUUAAGUUGUUGUUAUACUACGUACACCAUUUCGGCAAAGGUGUAGUGACGUGACGUCACCGGAUAGCAUGUAUUAGAUCAACGGCUCGUCGAUUCAGACGUCUCUGAGGGAGUGCGCGACUCGGAGAUAUGUCGGAAAUUAUGGCGUUAUCAUGGAACACUUGAAUACCUUGUAUUAUACCAAACCUAUUGCCAGAGAGAAGGACUCUUUACCAAUUCUGCAGUUGCAAAAAGAACAGAUGCUUUCUAUGUGAUUAAAGUAAGGUUUAGCCGUUGCAGGAUAAGGAAGAUGCAGAGACUGCUUACAAGCAAAACUUUUAGUCAUGAUUAUCAUGAUAAGUAAACCCGCAAUUUUUUUGGUCUACUUAGAAUCAAACUUUCAGAUACGAUAUCAUGAUAAGUAAACCGAUUUUUUGUUUUGCUGUUGUUUUCUUUCAUUUCAGUCCUGUCCAUUUUUGCUGGAGGCGUUCUGUAACAAGUGCAGGCCGACACUUGAAGUGACAUCAAUAUCGGACAACAAAAGUGAACUUCUGAAUAAGAUUGUCCUAUCAUCAGUGUUAAAUAACUUCUCCAAAAAGGAUAAUGUGAGAGGAAUGAAGGAUCUUAUUUUGUACCGAUAUGAAAACCCCUUCAGAGUAACACUGGUGCUUCAAAACAUGGUAAAGUAUAAC